AUGCCACAAGCAGCCCCUUUUAACCCCCCUCCAGCAGAUUUGCCUGGCAAACCCUCUGUCGCCCAGUGGAUCCCCCCACCAGUAACCCAGCAGAAGGAGAACUUUGCCAAACUGACUUCUAUUGAUCUCUCCCUACUCGACUCGGAUGACCCUGCGGUUGUUCAAGAUUUGGUCGAUCAAGUCAAGCGAGCUAUUCGUGAAGAUGGCUUUCUCUUUCUUGAAAACUAUGGUGUUUCCACAGAACAGCUCCAUCGCCAGUUCGGCAUCGCACAAUACAUGUACAACAAUAUUUCCGAGGAGGACAAGGAGCGUCUUCUUUUUGACCCUGACUCGGGUGUGUGGUCUGGUUAUAAGCAUCCAUUCGGCUUCAAGCGCCACCGUGGACCAGUUGAUGGUAUCGAGCAAUUUAACUGGUAUCGCCCCGACUGGGAGGACAUGGACCGCGUGCCCACCUGCCUGCACCCUUUCAUGGACGAGAUUGAAUCCUUUGCCAACUACCUCACCAAGUCGGUCAACCGCCGUCUGCUCACACUGUUUUCUCGCGUUCUCGAGCUGCCCGAUGACUACCUCUGGGAGAAUGUCCAGUCUCACGGUAGCCCAACUGGUGAGGGCUAUUUCCGACAUGCACUCUUCCGACCUGUACAAAAGACCACAGAGGAGGCUUCCAAAGGUCUUCGCAUGCAUGGCCAUACGGAUUUCGGCCUGACAACGUUGCUCUUCUCUGUCCCAAUCUCUUGCCUCCAGAUAUGGGGUAAAGACGAGAGGUGGUAUUAUGUACCCUACAAGCCCGGUGCUCUUGUUGUCAACAUUGGUGAUACACUUGAGAUUGUUUCUGGUGGUCACUUUAAAGCCACUCGCCAUCGGGUUUUCAAGCCCCCGAUUGACCAGCGCAAUAGCGAGCGCCUGUCCCUUGUCCUAUUCAAUAGCUCUGUCGGCGAAUUGCGCAUGACACCAGCAGCAGACUCACCCCUUAUCCAGCGUGAAGGCUGUGUCGAAGACCAGGGCGUGUAUGCCGAAUUUAAGAAGCGGACACAGCAGGGCCAACUUGUUCCUACGAACCGACAAUGGCGUGAGAUCCAGAUUGCGACAUGCACAGAUCCUACUGAUACGGUCAAAAAUAGGAUUGGUGAACAUCAAAUUCUGAUCGAUGGGAAGCUAAUGCACCAACGUGAAUAUUUGGGUGUUAAGGUUCUCUUGCCAGUCUAG